GCAUCGGGCCCCCAGGCGGGGCGACAGGCAUCGGGCCCCCAGGCGGGGCGACAGGCAUCGGGCCCCCAGGCGGGGCGACAGGCAUCGGGCCCCCAGGCGGAGCGGCGGGCGCCGGACCCCCAGGCGGAGCGACAGGUCUCGGGCCCUCAGGCGGAGCGGCGGGCGCCGGACCCCCAGGUGGAGCGACAGGUCUCGGGCCCUCAGGCGGAGCGGCGGGCGCCGGACCCCCAGGUGGAGCGACAGGUCUCGGGCCCUCAGGCGGAGCGGCGGGCGCCGGACCCCCAGGCGGGAGCGACAGGUCUCGGGCCCUCAGGCGGGGCGGCGGGCGCCGGACCCCCAGGUGGAGCGACAGGUCUCGGGCCCCCAGGCGGAGCAGCGGGCACCGAGUCACCAGGCACGACAGUGGGCUCCGAGUCAACUGGCAUGACCGCUGGCACUAGGUCAGACAUUGGAUCGUCUGGCUGGACAGCGGGC